AUGGAAGACUUCAGGAAUAUUGCUGAUGAGACAUUCCCAAGCUUCCUGGGCCAUUCGUUGAGUAGCAGUGCAAGUGUGGUUUUUGAAAAUGUUACUAUUUCCUCAAACCCUGGCUUACCUGUUGCAGCUUCAACUGUUGCCAGGAGUAAAGUGGGCUGUGACAACAGGCAUUCCGAUAUCUGUGCAUCCUAUUUAGAAGGGAAACAUUCACCCUCAUCAGGAUCUUCUCACAGUAGUCAGUUGGAUCCUGAGCCAAUGGGGAGAUUUGCCCUCAGCUUUCGUGAUGACAGGCAACUUGCUACACAAGUCAAAGAACCUCAGCCAACUUCUGUUAGUUUGAAGGAAUCCCACUCAGUAUGUGGAGAGCAAGAUCAGAAUGUCAUUGAGCAUUCAAAUUGCAGUCAAGAUACCUUACAUGAGGUAUUGCCACUUGAACGAUUGGAAGACUUGUCAACUGGGAUAUGUUUUCUUCCAGACAGUAAGAAUAACAAGGUUGGUCCAUCUGAACCUUCUGAAAAGCUGAUGGAAGAUGAAAUGUCAAGUGAUCACCUUAGUAACAGCCUUUCAAGUUUUUUGGAAAAUGAGAAACUCUCAUCUCUAGCAAGCUCAGAAGAAGAUUCUACCGAUGGUGAUAUUGAUGAUGAAGAGUUCCCUGAUGACCAACUAGAAGCCUAUUUUGAGCAGCUGAUACAGCCAGAAAUAAGAGGAGAUGCUGACAUACAGAGACUCUCAGAAUGCUGUUCAGCGCUGAAACUUUCUGCAGAUGGCUUACUUCAAGAAAACUUUCAGGUUCCUGACACUUACCAGGCUGUGACAGGAGUAGACUCUGAAAAUGCUAGUGAUGAAGAUUCACACAAUGAAGACGUGACUGUAUGUCCUGUGCAAAGACAAAUGCUGCCUAAAGCUGUACAGCAACUGAAUUCCAUGACUACUGGAGAUGUGCUAGAUUCCUGCGCUGCCGCCGAGUUGCGAUUAGAUUCACUGUACCUGCAGUGCACGGACGGCUGUAAAGCUGAUGUUUCAGAUGUCCUUUCUAAGCAAGAAAUACAGACCUCUGAGUAUCAGGCUGCUGCUUCUGAGACAGUACUACAUGCAGCAAGAGGAUUUUUAGGGCAGUGCACCACUCCUGAUGUUCUUAGUGCAAACGCGCCUCAGACAGAUGCAACUGAAUGUGAAGCUGGUCUUCCUGACGCUUACCUGUCUCCAACUGUGGACAGCUGUGAGAGCAUGAGUUUGGCUACAGCGGACAGAGGUGAUUUACCACACAGCAUUGUCUAUCAAAAUGAAGAGGGCAGAUGGGUGACUGAUCUUGCAUAUUAUACUUCAUUUGAUGAAGAACAAGAUUUAAAUGUGUCUGAAAAUGAUAAAAUAAAGGAGAAAUUCAUUACUGGAUCUGAAGCAGCAGCUAUGAUUGCCCAAGACCAGGAAGAAUUUGAGAAAGCACAUCGACUGCAGGUGGAAAAAGUAGACAUCCUAAAUGCGUCUGAAUUAGCAAAUUCUUCAUGGAAAUCUGCCAAUAGCUGCAUUCUGCCGACAACAUCUGAUCUUGAUAAAGAUGCCAGUUAUUUACGUUUGUCUUUGGGGGAGUUCUUUGGUCAGAGAUCUGAAGCUCUUGGUUGUCUUGGUGGAGGCAAUGAUGUCAAACGGCCAUCUUUUGGUUACUAUAUUACAUCUCCAAAGAAAAGGCAACCUGUUGCUUUGCUAAGGCAAUCUGAUUCAUCAAGAGGUGAUGCUGGCCAAGAGAUUUCGCAGUUGUCUGAGGUGUUUCCAGGUGACUUAGAAGCACAAGCAGAAGAACAUGCAAAUUCUACCAGUUGUGAAGGUGCAUGGCAUGGAAUGGAUACUGCAGCUAGAAUACAUAAAAGCAUUAAUACAGGAGCUGUUACUAAAAGUAAAGCAAAGGAUGGAAUUCAUAAAGACAAGUUUAAAGACGACUUAUCUGACCACUGUGACUCUGUCCUGAGUAUUAGCACAAUUGCAUCUGCUAUUGCUAAUGCUUCCCCCAGUGCUGAGCCUGCCCAGCUAGCUUCUAUGAUGAUGGCACUUUCUAAUAAAAGAACACAUUUCCUUCCUGGGAUUGUUAAAGAGACAGAACUCGCUGCUAACCAGGUGUUACCCAGCAGUGUGGAAAAUAGUGCAUUUGAUAUGGAAAAGUACCUCAAAAAAACAGAUGAAAUCGGACAUGAAAGUGAAUAUGAGAGUGUUGUAAAACAUGAAGCAUCUGUCCAGAACCUUAUGCCUGAUACCUUUUUACUGGAUAAAGAUAAAAAUAAAGAUACUCUUACAGAAGACUUGGUAAAUAAUCAUAACAAGCAGCAAGAAUUAGAGAAGCAAUUUCUGCAUUAUUUUAAUGAAGAAAAUGAUAUUCAGGAUUUCUCUAGUCUGUCUGGUGUUCCCAACCAUGGAGACAUAACUGCAAACAGUGUUAAAUACCCAGAAAAAUUGUCAGACUUAGUAAAUAGUAAACAUUUACAGACAGUGAAUGCUGAUCUCAGAUCAGAUACGCUGGAUACCCAAACCGCACCUACUGGAAACAAAACAGAGACCUUUGGAAUUUCUUUAGCAGCAAAAUUGGAAAUGACACCAAGAAGUCCACUUGAUUACCGGAUCAAGGAUCUCACGAAUAGAUGUUGCAUCAGGGAAGACACAGAAAUGGUAGAUCAAGCAACAAAUGCUGUUCCUGAACCUUGUAAUGAUUUGCUAGAGAGAAGAACAGGAAAUGCUCUGUCAAUCAGCAAUGUGAAACCUGCCAAGCAAUCUAGUAAAUAUGUUUCCGAAAGUCCUACAAAAGCAAGGCCUGUGCAGAAAUUGAGCGAUGGUGAAGAGAAGCAAAAUGCAAAAACAGAGAAGAGAAACAAAGGUGCUCAUACUGCUUGUGGUGGGAAUGAGAAACAUGUAACUUUUGAGAAGCUCUCCCCAACUUCCCAGAAUAGUCCUGAGCAUAAACCUGUUCUGUCUCAAGGUGACUUACAGCCUCUGGAGGAUGAGCAGUGUAGCUUCAGACCUUCAACUUCACCACUAAUUCACUCUUCUCCUAGUGACACUUCUGGAACUGCAUUUUCAGGGUCUGAAACUGACUUCACGUCACAUUAUCAGGAGUCUUCUCACAAAGAGAGUUUACUACCUCGGUCAGUUUACUCAAGUCCUAGCAUGAGCAGAUUAACGUAUGUCUCUGCGUCUGACAGUACCCUUAAGAACACAUCUGUAAUACGUAAUUCGGAGACAUCCUGGGGUGAAAAUGCUACUGAGUUGAGCACAACGAUAAUUCAAGCCAGCCCAACUCCUUCUCAGGAACAUACAAAUAAAAAUCCAGAAGACCAGUCAUGUCAAAGAAGUAGGAAAGAAACACUGCUUAGUAUUGACCAGAAAUCAGAAGAAAACGGACUUGUGGGUCUUCCAAGAAAUAUUGAUGAUGUACUGGGUCAAGAAGUGUCCAAAGAAGCUUUUCUGAAGAACGAAAAAGAGCUUGUUUCAAACACAGUAUCAAAUCAUAAAGAGCUAGAUGAUGUUAAAUCAGCUUUACCAAGCAAAUUCAGUGUUUUUCAGCCAGUUUCUGCUAAUGUUUGCACACAAGAAGUGUGGAAGGAUCAAACGAGCAAAACACAGAGGCAAGGAUUACCAUCCUCGAAUACAUUACCUAUGUAUCCUGGAUUAAGCAUUUAUAUGCCAUUCAGUCAAAACUCAUCUGAUGGACAAUAUGUUCCUAUUUCAAGCUUUAAAUCCCAUGUCACUACCUCUGAGAGUGCAGCAAUUUCUUCUGUUCCCACGUUGCUUACAGAAUGUUCUCUUGCAACGACUCCAUUUACACAACAGCACCUGGGAAAUUUACCACCUACUGGAAAUACAGUUUUGUCUCAGUUUCACGGCUCCAGCUCUGCAGGUUUCAGCCUUCCAGCAGGGCUCUCAUGUUCUGGUAUCCCAGCAGGACAUGUUGAGAAUCCACUUAUGGCAAGAAUUCCUUUAGGUCCAAAUAUUGUUCCUGGCUCUUUGGGUGCAGCAUCACUUUGUAAUCCAUGCUCUACUUCCUGGAACAAGAAUAUGUUAACUAUAAAAUCAUGUACUGCACAACCUCUUGGAGCUGGUGGAAAUGAGUGGGACUUGUCAAAGUCACCUGGUAUUGGACAUGUAAAAGUACCAGAAGAAUUGAAGUUCCCUAAUGCCUGUUGUGUGGGAAUUGCAUCACAGACAGUUCUUGGCAUUUUUAAUCCAACUGAACGGUGGUUGCAGGUCAACAUUGGAAUACUUAGUGUUUCUGUUAAUGGGGAAAAGAUGGAUCCUGCGAAAUACCAAUGUCUGGUUUUCAAGAACAAAACCAUCGUAGGACCCUAUUCUACCAAUGAUCUGAAAAUUCUUUUCUUACCUUGUCAUUCGGGGAUCUUUCAGUGUAUUCUCAACGUGUCAUCUUGGCCAGUUUCUGCAGAUGCCGAGACAAUCAUUCAGGCAGAAGCUUUGGCAAGUAGGGUAGUUGUGACAGCAGUGUCUGAAAAUCCUCAUCUAGAAGUGGAAAUAGGAAAAAGAGAUUCUCUGGAUUUUGGUGACUUGACUUCCGGCAGUUGGAAGGCUCUUCCACUAAAACUUAUCAACAAAACCCAUGCUUUUGUGCCACUUAGACUUAUUAUUAAUGCAAAUGCAGUAGCUUGGCGUUGCUUCACAUUUUCCAAGGAACCAGUUAAUCCUUCUAAAGAGCAAUUGCUCCAGAUGGAUGCAGUUUCUCAGAUAGGAGCUCCAUCAGUUGUAAAUCAUGUCAUACAUGCAAGCUGUGAUGGGCAAGAUCCUGAAGCUUUAACAGUUUGGGUUCUAUUCCAUGCACCUAAGAAACGAAUUUCUUCUUCAGAUUCGUUGGGUCCAGCGGAAGAAUUCUUGGCAAGAGUUGAUGUGGAAGUGGAUAGUCCAGGACCUAGCAGUGUGAUUAAAAGUAUUCCUCUCCGAGCAAGAGCUGGAACAGCGAGGAUCCAUGCUCCAAAGGACUUACAGACAAUAUAUCUGUCUACUAGUGUGGGUUCAACAGCCAAACAGCAGCUGCCAUUGAAAAAUGCUGGAAACAUUGCUGUACAUUUGAAAAUUAAGACAUCAGAUCAGAUCAGCUGCUUUGCUGUUGAACCUGAGAAUCUUUUCCUUCUUCCUGGAGAAGAACGAGAAGUGACUGUCCUGUUUUUCCCCAAAAAUGUGAUGAUUACAGAAAGAUGUAAGAGAUCAUAUUUCUACACAUUAGCACCUGACAAAUUUACGUUUUGUGAAAUAGACUUGAUUGGUUCGAGUGACCAUUCUGAUGUCAU